CUUAACUCAUCUCACGGCCCUCCCGCAGCCCCGAGUGGGGCGUCAGCUUAGCGUAUAUAACACUAACUCGACCCCUCAUCAAACAGAUAUCGCAAAGCAUCAACAUGAAGGUAUUCGUUUGUCUACUGGCCCUAGCUGCGGUCACACACGCCGGUUUUAUCGGAGGUGGUGGUAGCGGCUGGUCUAGCGGGGGCGGUGGUGGCUACGGCGGCGGUGGCUGGAAAUCGGGUGGCGGUAGCGGUGGCUGGUCCAGCGGUGGUGGCGGCUGGUCGUCCGGAGGCGGAGGCGGCUACGGCGGCGGUGGCUGGUCCAACGGAGGCGGUGGCCAAGUGAAGAUAAUCAAAAUCAUUACAACCGGAGGUGGUGGCGGCGGCGGUUACGGCGGCGGUUUCGGAGGAGGCCACGGUGGUAGCAGCGGCUGGUCAAGCGGAGGCAGCGGCGGUGGCUGGAAACUGGGCGGUGGUAGCAGCGGCUGGUCUAGCGGAGGCGGCGGCGGUGGCUGGAAACUUGGCGGUGGUAGCUCCGGCUGGUCCAGCGGUGGUGGAGGCGGUGGCUGGAAACUGGGUGGCGGUAGCAGCGGCUGGUCCAGCGGUGGAGGUGGCGGCUCCGGCUGGUGGUGAUCCCUUUAGCUACAAAUGACAAUAUACCAAUACCUCAAACUAA